UUGUGUCCACUCAACAGGUGUCUGAUGCUUCCACGGGAGGAGGCGGGGAAGAGGGAGGGAUUGGGUGCAGGUGGAAGCUGUAUUUAAGACGGGGGGUCCUGCUCCUCGUCUUCACCAGUCGUUCUCUUGGCACCUGAACCUCCAGCCUGUCCUCGCCCUCCGGUCAGAAUGUCUUUGCCCAACUCGGAGAACGCCUCCACCCUGGAGAACGCCAUGCAGCUCAUGAUCCAAACCUUCCACAAGUACUCGGGCAACGAGGGCGACAAAUACACGCUGAGCAGGGCCGAGCUCAAAGAGAUGCUGACUGCGGAGCUGGGCAACUACUUGGGGAACGCCCAAGACAAGGAGGCGGUGGACAAGGUCAUGGGCGACCUGGACUCCAACGGGGACGGCGAGGUGGACUUCACCGAGUUCAUCAUCCUGGUGGGCGCCCUCACCGUGGCGUGCAACGACUUUUUCCUGGAAUACAACGACAAGCCCGCUGCUAAGAAGUGAGCGCGGCGUUCCGGCUGCAGCGUUUGCACGUGACGCAACACUCCAGGGAGGGCAAGCAUGUGGGAGGAGAGGGAGAGAGGACCAGGCGCCUGUCUUAGAUAAGUCUCUUUUGACUCCGUGUUGACGUUCGUCUGUCUUUUGUUUUGUAGCACUUUCCAGCUGUGAGUCCUCCCUGGGAAGAAUAAAAGUGGUCUUUGUUCAAGCGA